AUGCCAUUGAACAACCCAGUGCCGCCAAAUAUCCUGCAGUACGUAAACACGUUCAUGUCGCCGUUCAGUGACGUGUCGGUGCCGCCCAAGCCCAACAUUCUGACAGAGGACCGUCCGGAAAACAGGAUCUUGGACAAUCUCGGUGGCCUUGCUAUACAGAAGCCACAUGUUGCGCCGUCGAAGAUUAUGCCAGACAUUGAUAUCUUGCAGUCAAAGCAGCCUGCGCGCACGGGAGGUGACAACCAACUGACUUUGGACGACCUUCAAUUCCUCGACAGCCUGUUGUCUGACAGCUCCUCCAUAGCUCUGUUUAAUACGGUUGGAUCACCACAGUGUAUUAACCAGCCGCCAAUGACGGGCAGCGCACCACCAGCAUCUACUGUUUGCCUGGCCGACCGGCCGCAGCGGGCUAUGGGGCCGCCCUGCGAUAACAUUGGAAUCGACGAUGCCCAGUUCAUUCCGAAGAUCAUCGAGAAGGCUAGUUCGCGUCAACCCUGCUCGCCGUUUGUCGAUAUCCUGCCGAUGCAGAGUGCAGCAUCCAAGGACUCGUUCGAUUACGACAACUACCCGGCGAUGCUUGACGAGUGUGCGAAGGACCUUGGAUCGAUCAUUUCCGCUAGAGAUCUGUACAAGCUCCUGGCCGACAUCUUUGUAGCACCGCGUAGCGUGUACCUCGUGGAGUACAUGGAGGUGAUGUGGUAUCUUCUCACCCACAAUGCGCUUCCACCGCUGUGCAUUCACACGCUCAUCAGUGGGAACCUGCGCUGCGCAGUGAUAUCUGAGGAGCAUGUCUUGAAUUUGCCGCCAGAACUUGAGGAGGUUUGCUAUGCGCGUGCAAUCAAGGAAAUCGACCAACUCAGGGGCAGCUCAUCGCCGAUUUUUGCGAUCGCGACCAUCUUCCUCGCGAUAUAUGACUUCCAAUCGGGACGCUAUCCAGAGAUGAUCGAACACAUUGAGCUGGCACACGCUGUCAUGUUCCGCUGCAAGAUCAAGGGAUACGGCUACCCAUGGCGCAACGUACCUGAUGGUGUCGCGCAGUCGCCGGUAUACAAUUUCUGCGUCACAACGUUCUGGCACACGUACUCGCUUCGGAAUCUCUUUAGCAUGCUGCUGACGUCGAAAAACCGUAUCGACUACGGCAGCCUUCCGGUUUACUCGUUGAACGACUGCUUCCUUGAGGGUUCGAACAUGGAGGUGGGCAUCGAUAUGGCGGAUCUGCUGCCCGAGGACUUCCGCUCAACUAACCCAAUGGCGCCUGCCUCGCUCGUUUUCCGCGCCGACACUGACAAAGACUUCAUGGCCUCUCGCCCGCCCAACUCGCCAACAGCACACUUGGAGGUCUGCAUACUUCCGUACCUGCAGUCGCUGACAACACACUACCACGACCAUCUGCACCACUAUUCGCUGUUAGCAAGCGGCAAGAUUAGCCUCAAGCAGUAUCACUCCAAGUACACGCUUCCCCACUCUGUCCAGCUGACUCAAGAAAAGGUCAUUGAGUACCUGCAGAUGAUCAAGUCCCGGAUCGACAGCCUUUCAGCAUACGCUGAUAUGUACGACCUGCCCAAUACCAGCUCGCUCGACCAGCUGGAACUAGCGCGCAUGAACGAGUGCUUCCUCUCAGCGCGCACACAGGCGCUCGAUUCCACCAACGUGCUUGCAAAUCUGCUUCAGAUCGCCUAUGUCUGCAAGUUCAACCUGUACUGCCUUGGCCCGACGGCCAUCUUCGCCAUCGAGGAGCUGAUGAUUCGAAAUAUCUUUGAGAUUCUGCGCACGCUGCGCUACUGGUCGCCGGCGCUCAAUCUGUUUGUCGCUGGUGUUCAAGCCCUGAGCGACCAAGACUGCUGUAUCAAUAUUCCGCGCAACAAGGAGCAAUUCUACGACGACCUCGGAUACCCCGAUAUCAGCGCGACGUACGAGGAGAGCCGCAAGAGCGACCAGCCAUCGCCGGCCAAGCGCCGGAGAUCUGACUCGCUGGCAGCUACCAAGGCCGCUGAUGAGACUGCCGAUGGCGAUGAGACGGUUAGCUAUGGUAGCGUGGCAGAGAAGAUCCCCGAGUUCCCAAACCCGUACCCAUCGAACCACAUCAUCUCUAUCAUUAUCAAGGAGCUGAACAUUAGCCUGGCCGAGUUCUUGGCUCCGGCAUACCCGGUCCUGCUGCUUAAGCUGUUGAACACUCCCAAGUCUGAGUAA